AACUUUCAUUCCUUCCAAUCUCUGUCUGCGAUUUUUCAAUUGCUUACGCACUAAGAAGAAAACCUACUUUUUCUUAUUUCUUCUAAAAACCAUAGUCUGGAAUAAAACGUCUAUACUAAAGGAAUUGCAUCUGUCGGCGGGUUUUUCAACUAGAUUCAUUCUUUGGUAUUCGGUAUUUUGGGUAAUCUAUUUCGUUUUGUUUUCUGUUUUUUCCUUAUUUAUUUCAAAAAACAUGAGUUUUUGAAUUUAAUUAUAUAAGAAUCAGGUUAGUUUUGAAUAUUUUACCUAUAGUUUGCAUUUGCACUAUAAUAUUAUGGAUAAAGAAAGCGAAGCUCAGGACGGAAGUAAAAGGGCUUAUGCUUGCCCAUAUGACGAGUGUAACAAGUAUUACUCAAGGCCUUCGCUGCUGGAACAGCAUCUUCGUACACAUUCAAAUGAGCGCCCAUUCAUAUGUGAACAUAUAGGAUGUGGAAAGUCUUUUCUUCGUAACUCUCAUUUAAAAACUCACUUGCGGUCUCACACGAACAUUAAGCCCUUUAGUUGUGGCUAUGAGGGGUGUGCUUCUUCUUUCUAUACGCUUCAACAUCUUUUACGACAUGAAGUUGUCCACAAGAAACCAAGACCAUACGCUUGUACGUGGGCCGGUUGCAUAGAACGGUUUGCAAAACAUCAGCAGCUACGUUUGCACAUAGCUAAUGAACAUACUCAUUCAUCACCUUUUCCUUGCACCGUUGCAGGAUGUACCCAAGGAUUCUCGACGAAGCAGAGACUGCAAAAUCAUAUCGAUCGCUUUCACGAAAAAAUAGUGACUUACAAAUGUCCUCACGAGUCUUGCCUUAACAAUCUUGGUUUUGAGAAGUGGAGUCAGCUGCAAAGACACAUCCGUGAAGCUCACGUACCUACUUGCUCCAUUUGUGGAAAACGCUUUCGCAGUGCAGCUCAUCUUCGACAUCAUGUUACUCUUCAUAUGACAACACUUGAAGAAAGGAAGAGUUUUAAAUGUUUUUACGAAGGAUGCUCGAAAUCAUUUACUAGAGGUUCUGCAUUGAGAAAGCAUGUACAAGUAACGCACGAAGGUGUAUUACCUUUCUCUUGCCCUACUUGCGGAAUGAAGUUUGGAUACAAACAUAUGCUACAAAGGCAUACUGAGAAAAGUGCGUGUCCUGAAUUAAAUGCUUCUCCAGAAGAUGCAGCAAACAUAUCAAGAUCAACGCUUGUUCCUGUCGGUGACGAUGAAGAGAAAAAGUUGCCUCACAAUACUGAUAUUGAGCAGGUUGUAAAUCAAAUUACGGGAUACGGCUAUGAAGAUAAUCGCUUCUUCCCUUGUACAAUCCCUGGAUGUCAAUAUCGAUUCAAGAGACUUUACGAUCUUCAUAGACAUGCUGUUUCAUAUCAUGACUUGCCCACGGUUGAGGAAAGCACUCCUAGUGUAGAGGCCGUAUCCUCCUACUCUAUAUCAUGAGAGAAAAAAAAAAGAAGACACCAAUUUUUAUUAAUUUAUUAGCUAUAGCUUUUAAAAAUUUUAGUUAAUUUUUUUUCAAAAUAGAACAACGGAUCUUGAACAAACGUUUCUUUCCAGGGUAAUGUUCAAGGUAAAAACAUAAAGGCUGCGUGAGCGAAGAGGGGGAAAUAUAGGU